AGGGUGUCCCAGUAACCUUCUGAUGGGUGGAGAUGUGAAAACUAGAUCAGCAGCAGCAGUCUUAUCUGUGGGCAGCAGGGGCUGAUGGGAGCUUUGAGGAGCCGUUAGAAACCACGUGGUCCUCGUCUGAUCUCACAGCUCGUCCUUGUUUGGCCUCAGCUGCAUCAGAGCUCCACUUCUCCCCAGGUUCACCAGAGGAAACACCACUGCACAAAAUGCUUUUCCUCCCAGCUGCUGCUCUGUGCUGUCUGUGUUCAGCGCUGGCUGCCAUGGCAACACAGCUGAGUCAGGAUGAUUUAACUCUGACCAGGAGAGAAGGUCAGAGCGUCUCCUUCAGCUGUGGAGGAACGGAUCAGUGUGCUAGUAGUUAUGUAUUCUGGUACCAGAAGAAAGAAACAGAAACAUUCAAAGUUAUCUUUGAUAUUGAUAGAGAAAAUUGUAACAUCGACAAAAGUUAUUCAAGUCAUCCUCAGAUCAGUGAUUUCUCUGCUGAUCAGAACGGCUGUGAGUUGAAGAUAAAUACAGUUAAACCCGAUCAUUCAGCCUCCUACUACUGCGGCUGCUUGAAGUCUGGAACCACAGUGAGAAAUGAUCCCUGCACUGCAGACACUCUCCAUCUACUCCAAACAUCAGUCUCCAGAUGGGACAAUAUUGAUGACCAAGUGUUGCUCCUUCUCCUUCCUUCUUUCUCACUGUGUGAUGAAUACCUCUUUGGUUCUGGAACCAGACUGUAUGUUUCAGAUGAGAAGGUAGUGAAGCCCGUGGUGAGCGUGUACCCAGCAGCAUCCAGAGCCCACCUGGAGGGGAAGAGCUCCCUGCUGUGUCUGGCCUCAGACAUGUUUCCUCCUCUGGUCCAGAUCUCCUGGAAAAGACAGAAGAAGGACGGUGAUCUGGAGGAUCUGCCCCCUGCUGAGGGAGAGCAGCUGGAGCUCAGAGAGUCGGGUCGCACCGCCUCCAUCUUACUGGUCCAUCGGCAGGAGAACGGCUCAUCUAAAUACAGCUGCUCUGUCCAGCAUGAGGGAGGCAGAGUGGAGGCCCAAACACUACAAGAGCUUCCAGCUCCAGCAGCCUCCUGUCCUCCAGAGAGACCAGACCUGGCAGCUCUGCAGCAAGCUGACUUGUCCUUCCAGUCUCAGUGCAGGGUGAAGCUGCUCUGCCUGCUCUACACGGUGCUGAUAGUGAAGAGUCUGGUGUACUGCUGUGGACUCUCUCUGCUGAUGAUGCUCAGAACCAAGGGACCGUCCACCAUCUGAACACCUGCUGACUCACUGUUUUCUCUCCAACUUUUCCUCCUUUCAUUGUUACUGAUUGUUUGUUUUAAAGCUUCUUAUGAUGCGUUGAAGUCGAUCAUGAAGAGAAUCUGUUUAUUGCAGCUUCACAGAGUUUCUGUAAGGAUUUCCAUCCAGAUGAGGAAAUAUUUCUGUCCUGGGCUGUAAUCUGUGUUCUAAUAACUUUAUAGUUUGAUUUAGAUCCUCUCUGAUCAUUUCUGUCUGCUCCAUAUUUGAUUGUUUGUCAUCAGUUUGGUCAUUUUUCUUUCAUUGUAACACAACUUUAUGGACAAAUAAUUAUUAAACCUUCUUGUGGCCAAAAUGACCACAUAAACUGUU